GGAACUGCUGCUCGAGAAUGAUCAUACGUGACGAGCCUUGAUAUCUCUUUAUUCCGCUCUAUGGAUAGAGAAGAACGCAUACAAGAUGCAGAGAGAAGUAGGGAGCGUCAGAGGCAGGCAAGUCGAGCACAGCGUGAUGCCGAGAGUAGUUUGGGUCAUGAAGACGUCGCCUUGGGUGUGACGGAUUCGAACAAUGUCUCGAGCGAAGAGAACCUCAGAAAGCGAAAGAGACAUGUUGCGAUUGAUGACAGCGAUGACAGUGACGAUGUCGAAGAGAUUGAGUUUGAACUCAGUCAAGAGGUGCCUCCUCUGGAGCCCGCGCCAAGGCAUAUCUAUGGCGGGAAGACUCGAGCGGCGUCCACCACGACUACUGAGCUUGUGCUACCUUGUGAUCCGAGUCCAUUCACGGAGGCUAGCUUAGGACCGCUGUAUAACCAGAUCCACGCAUUGGAUCCGGAUGAAUUGGUAUUCAAGAAAAACUUCAAGAGCGUUCAACUAUUAGUGACCGAACUUGGUCCAUAUGCCGCUGACAUGAUCUGGCAACGCUAUGCUGGGGCACAAGAAGCGCGUCGAAAUGGACUCGUCAAAGAAAAACGUGUCCCUGCAAGCUUUUCCGAAGUGGAAGAGAUGCGCUCCAAACUGGUCGACAUGGUUCGAGCACAUAAGUUUCCUUCAAUUGUUUUGGAUCCGCAGAGCACAGAUUGCAAUGCGUCUCCUAGGCUUCUCACGCUCCUGCAAGUUCUGAAGCAAAUGAUGGCAAAGGAAAAGGAUCGCUUCAGGGGCAUUAUAUUUGUUUAUAGGCGUACUACUGCGAAAGCCUUGGCGGAUCUACUGAACAGAAAUGCUCAGGUUCUCCCAAAUGUUCGAGCGCGGCCGCUCAUCGGAAGUUCGGCGGUCUUGAUGGAUCCCAAUGCGGACCACCUCACUAAGACUCAGGCGACGACUCAGUUCAGGGAUGGUACGAUUAACUUGCUUGUAACGACGGGCAUCGGAGUCGACCUCUCCGUGGAGCGCUGCAGCAUCGUAAUUGUGUUUGAUAGCUUUUCCGCCCAUGCCGCUGGCCAGCUGCGGCAAUCUCACCUGCUCAAAAUCACCAGUAUCUUCUUGAUUCUGAUAGAGAAAGGAAAACAAAAAGACAUACAAGCACUUUCAGCAUUUUUACCACGUCGAUCUAAAGAAAAAUCCGAAGAGGAAUCUACUCCACCUGCUGCAGAACAUCCACGGUCAACGGGCAUAGAUAGCGAAGAUGAGGACCAAGCAUCUAUCCUAGUCCCGGAAACUGGAGCACGCGUUUCCGCCUUGGAUGCAUUACAGGUUCUAACGCGUUAUGUAUCCAUUAAAGAGAAAUCUGCUGUUUCACUGAAUGUAGACUACCACGUCAUGGGCGAGAACAACCGCAUCUUCCGUUGCACAAUCCGUUUUCCCCCAAGUGCCGAGCUGGAGGAUGUGACAAGCGAAUCGUGUCCUUCCAAAGCCGCUGCUCGCCGUCAAGCCGCUUACAUGGCAUGCGAAGAACUGAACGCACGAGGCUUGUUGGGUGCUCUGGUCGCGCAGGCGGGCAAGAAACUCAAGACCAUCACGAAGGUGACACCACCAUCCGUAUUUGACAAUGAAGUUGGUGUUGAUGUCGAAAGAAAACUGUCCAAGGGUCGCAGCAGGAAAGACAGAAGCUCGAAGCUCUAUCCCCGCAAGAAACCGGAUGUAUGGAACACAUGUCUACUGGUUCAUAAUGAUGUGCUCUUUCCGUUCAUCAUCCAUCUGGAUGCGCGCGAUGCAAAGCUUCCUGGUGUUUACCGUACCAUGUGUCUCCUGACACGAAUUCGCCUACCGGACUUGGCCCCAUUCGAGCUUUACUUCCCGGAGCUGAAGAAAUCGGAAGACCAGGCAACCCCUCCAACCGUCACCGCCAGGUUCCUCCGCUCCGAGCCACUUCAUCUAGAGCCAGAACAGCUCAUCGCUGUGCAUCGUUAUACCAUUCGAGUAGUUCGAAGCGUCACGAGCAGGCAAUAUAUCUGUCAGCGGGAUAAGAUGGUCUAUUAUCUCUUGCCAUUGAAACUUGGAUGGAGCCCACGAACCAGACCUACGAACUCCCCAUCGGUCUAUGCCAUUGAGGAUGAGAUCGAUUGGGCAGACGUGGAAGCAGGUGCUGGUCAACUACCUUACCUGCCGCUCGAUAUGGAAAAGUUAGAAGAGGAGGUCAAAGAUGCUGUGCUUCAGGAUCGUCAGAUGGAAUUCACCCGGAAGUACGAACCUGUCCGGGUACGACACGAUCUGACGCCAUUAUCAAAGCCGAAAGACAGCGAGCGAGAGCAACAGUAUGCGAGCAUACUCGAAUUCUGCAGGGCCAACAUACGCAACUUCAAAGGAAUUGAGGAUGAGAGUCAACCCUUGAUCGAGGUCGGCAAAAUGGCUCCUCCUUUGAGCCGGUUAUCCCCGUUAUGCCAUUCUGCCCCAUCAUCCCGCAAUCCACCGGCUAAAUAUCUCAUGCCAGAACUGUGCGUCAAGUACUGCUUGUCUCUCAGUUCAUAUCGUACUUCUAUGAUUUUGCCGUCCGUCAUGGCGAGAGUGGAAGAGAUGCUAUUAGUGCAAGAGUGCAAUAGCGUCGUGUUUCACGAUCGACUCGAUGAGGUAUUCCUUCUUCCUGCCCUGACUUCUCCGUCUGCUGGCGCAGGAUAUGAUUAUCAGCGGCUCGAAUUGCUUGGCGAUUCAUUUCUGAAGUAUAUUUCAUCGAUAUUCUUAUUCGUCACUUGUCCCCAAGACGGUGAAGGAUCCCUACAUAUUCAUCGGCAACGGAUUAUUAGCAACUCGGCUCUGCAAUUUCAUUCCGACAGAGUUGGCCAGCUGCCGCAAUAUAUUCAAUCGCGACAACAUAGCCCACGUCAAUGGUGUCCACCGAACUUCCUUCUAUAUCACCCCUGCAUGGCGUCCGCCCUAGACACAUCGGAGAAAUUUAUACAGGGAAUGGAAGAGCGCAUCGAAGCGUCGAAUGAUGGACCAACUGCCGGCGGUUCUCCUCCUGAGUCCGGUGUAACUAAAGCACUGGAAUCGCAUCAAGCAAAUGCUGAAACCAGUCCCGACAAUUCUACUGUUUCUAGGUCACCCAUGCCGUAUUCUGCAAGAGAGCGUGCUUUGAUGAGAGAGGAGCAGCAUCAGGAACUGGGCGACAAAAGUGUCGCCGACGUGGCGGAAGCGGUGUUAGGCGCAGCAUGGCUGACUGGUCAAAGAGAAAUGGCUCUGUAUGUUUGCCAUAUCCUUGGUCUACCAAUGACAAGAAUGGGAUCUUGGGACUUUCUGCGAGACCAUGCGCAUAUCUUCUUCCACGAGGAGCUCGAUAUCGGACCCCUUUCACAACCGAAGGUUGAGGCCGUAGAGGCGAUCCUUGGUCACAAAUUCAAGAACCCUUUCUUAGCAGCGACUGCAUUGACCCAUUCGUCAAUGUCCUCUACAGACUUUCCGUGUUAUGAACGAUUGGAGUUCAUUGGGGAUGCAAUUCUAGAUUUCGUAACCGUGCGGCUACUCUACAUGCGAUGGGGAGAACUUCAUGAAGGGUGGUUGACGAUGCUGAAGGGUGCAAUUGUCUCCAAUGCUGCUUUAGCAGCUUUCUGCGUCGACCUAGGCCUGCAUCAUUACAUCAUUCAUGACUCUCCUCACUUGGUAGAAACUGUGUCUUCGUAUGCCAAAGAGAUCACGAAGGCAAAAGAAGAAGAUCUCGCGGCAGCGGCGGCGGAGGACAGAGCGCCCGGGGAAUAUUGGGUCACCUUAGAACCCCCAAAGGUGCUCUCGGACAUAGUCGAAGCCCUCCUAGGUGCGAUCUAUGUAUCCGACUCCUUCGAUCCAUCGGGUUAUGAGAACGUGUUUGACCGCCUGUUCAAGCCGUUCUUCAUGAAACGUGUCUCACUGAACACGCUUUCACAACAUCCCACGAGUCUGCUCUUCGCGCUUCUGCAGCAGCGUGGCUGCCAUCGUUUCGAGCUGACCAAGACGAGGGCAGAGACAGACCUGUUGACGGAAGUGCAGUGUGAUUUCGUGCUUCACGGGAAGGUGCUCGCAACGUCUAUCCAUAGCAGCAGUGCGGGAGCCAGCCGCAGAGCAUCCGCCAUGGCUUUGGAAUUGAUCCAGACACAACCAGAGCUGUUGGACAAGCUGUGUUCCUGCACCAAGAUACGCAAUGAGAGCGAAGCACAACAACCACCGUCUGAUCCUAUUCCUGUGGAAGAGGAAGAGGAAGACCUGUUGGCGAAGGAAGACCUAUCUGGCAGCUGA